UCCACGCGUCCCGUCGAGAAUCGUCACAAAACCUCACUCACGAGAUUCUGGUCUCCGCUGCUCAUAUCGCCUCGAUUCACCACCCAAAAACUAACCUGAAAUCAUCAACUCGCUCUCCCCCAACUCACUGAGUUGCUCCUCCUCCCCUUCUCCUCACCUCAACUCGCUCCCCCGACUCAGUCACCUGCUUCUUGAGCUCAAUCAGUCUUCAAUUCCCAUGGGAGCGAGCAUUCGUCGUCGUCGGCAGCUCUGAGAUACCUCCGAGAAACUUUUCGCCUGUUGACUUUCGAAUCCAGAUGGCCCGCCGCCUCCGUUGCAUUCUCUUCCUCGCCGCACUCUCCGCCGCUCUGCUCCCGCCGCUUCUCGCCAGCUCCGGCGACGCCGAUCCGAUUUACCGGUCGUGCGUGGAGCAGUGUCAGAAAUCUGGAUGCGUAGGGGAGAAAUGCUUUCAGCACUGUAAAUUUUCAUCUGAUGGAAAACCUAUUGAUGGCCCUUGGUAUAUUGAAGAACCACUGUACUUGCGCUGGAAGCAAUGGGACUGUCAAACUGACUGUAGAUACCACUGCAUGGUUGCGAGGGAGGAGGAACGAGGGAAACUCGGUGAGAAGCCUAUGAAGUAUCAUGGGAAAUGGCCGUUUCACCGUGUCUAUGGCAUUCAGGAACCUGUUUCUGUUGCUCUUUCUGCUCUCAAUCUUGCCAUGCAAUUUCAAGGUUGGAUUUCAUUCUUUAUCCUCGUGUACUACAACUUGCCUCUGAGGCCAAGUAAGAAGACUUACUAUGAUUAUACUGGCAUGUGGCAUAUCUGGGGAAUCUUCACAAUGAAUUCUUGGUUUUGGAGCGGUGCAUUUCACAGCCGGGAUGUGGAGUUGACAGAGAAGCUAUAUAUUUCUUCUUCUGUUGCAUUCCUCGGGUUUUCCCUCAUUCUUUCCAUACUGAGAGCUUUCAAUGUCAGAGAUGAGGCUGCCAGAGUCAUGGUUUGUGCUCCAUUGAUUGCGUUUGUGACCACACACAUAUUGUACCUGAACUUCUAUAAACUUGAUUGCGGUUUGAAUUUGAAAGUUUGCACAGCCAUGGGUGUUGCUCAGCUUCUUAUAUGGGCAGUUUGGGCCGGCACUACCCGCCAUCCAUCACGCCGGAAGUUGUGGGUGGUUGUUGUUGGAGCAGGCUCUACUUUGCUCCUGGGGAUAUAUGAUUUCCCACCAUACCGCGGCUAUAUAGAUGCUCAUGCUAUUGCUAAUGCUAUCACCAUCCCUCUCACAUACCUAUGGUGGAGCUUUGUCAAGGAUGACGCGGAGUAUAUGACAUCAGCUCUCCUCAAGAAAGCAAAGUAGUAUUCCCGCAUAUGAAGUGUGUUCAGAUGGUUGGACAGUAUCAAGAUACGCGACAUGUUCACCCCUGUUAAUUCAUCAAUACUAUCUUUUUUUCCAUGUGUAAGCAUCUAGAUCAGAAAUGCUUACCAUGGUGGUUCCCGUGGUUUUUGCAUUUCAUUGGUAUAUGUCCAAUUGUUUCCACUAAAAGAAUCCUAAUUUCCAGGUCAUUGUGUUCGUGUUUUUUUUCCUGGAAAAUUUCCCAAUUUGUAGAUGUGAGGAUCAAAUAACUGAGCUGCCAUAUUGUACUGUAAAUCUCUGUGGAUGCCAAUUAGCAUUGUGUUGUGUACUUAUUUCUGUCUAUGUAGUAAAGAUGCAUGUGCUUAAGCAGAAAGGGUUGCUUUCACAGUUGUGAGG